CUCAGCCAAAACUGCCUUGAGCUCUUGUCAAAAGCCGGUCGCUAUUGUGUGUCGAAUAUGUCCUAGCACAUUGUCGUGUUGUAUCACAUUGCAGUUAAGACACAUUUAUUUUCGUUUAAAAACGAAAUUCAACUUGGAAUUGGCGGUGUUUGUUAUCGAUCAGUUAUUGAUCGAACCCUCCGCUCUGCACAUCUCAUUGAACGGACGCUGGACUAUUCGUCUCUACAGAUGUUUCAACUCUAAUAAUGCAAGAUGCAUGCUGAUGCUCGAGAGAGGUUGCUUGACUCCGCAUUACUCAUCAUUUUAAACUCAUCCACCUACUAAAAAUAAUCGCAUACAGCCGAGAAUCGUUUGUAUUUUGGGGUGAAGAAUGACCGAAUAUAAGCUUGUGGUCGUGGGGGCUGGAGGCGUUGGCAAGAGCGCACUUACCAUCCAGCUCAUCCAGAACCACUUUGUGGAUGAAUACGACCCAACCAUAGAGGACUCCUACAGGAAGCAGGUGGUGAUCGAUGGAGAGACAUGUCUACUGGACAUCUUGGACACUGCAGGUCAGGAGGAGUACAGCGCUAUGAGAGACCAGUACAUGAGGACGGGAGAGGGCUUCCUCUGCGUCUUUGCCAUCAAUAAUACAAAGUCCUUCGAGGACAUUCAUCACUACAGAGAGCAAAUAAAGCGAGUCAAGGAUUCCGAAGAUGUCCCCAUGGUCCUUGUGGGGAACAAGUGUGAUCUUCCGUCCCGCUCUGUGGACACCAAGCAGGCUCAGGAUUUAGCACGUAGCUACGGCAUUCCAUUUAUAGAGACCUCAGCAAAGACGAGACAGAGAGUGGAAGAUGGCUUUUAUACUCUAGUACGGGAGAUAAGGCAAUACCGGCUGAGAAAAUACAGUAAAGAAGAAAAGACGCCACGGUGCAUCAAGCUAAAAAAAUGUGCUUUGAUGUAAAGAGGGGGCGUGGACGACGCAUUCUACACGUUAGUCCGAGAAAUCCGGAAACACAAGGAGAAGAUGAGCAAGGAGGGCAAGAAAAAGAAAAAGAAGUCCAAGACAAAAUGUGUACUAAUGUGAAUGAACCUUUCCAAUCAUGGACUCAAAGUUCCACAGCUGCAUUUUGUACAUUACACUAAAUUAUUAGCCGCCUCAGAGUACAGAACGAAUCCCCCAUUUUAGCCGCUAAAAGAAAUAAGCUGUUUCUCGUUAAGUGCCAGCUGCCCCAGAAAUAUUGGUCCUUUGAGACAUUUUAAGUGGACUGUUUUAUCAGGUGGUGGUUUUGCCUUGCUAGUUGGUCGACCUUGAAUAGUUUGAGGAUAUUUGAAGAAUACUGAUGUAAUAAAAAUCAAAAUGAGCUCUUCAAAACUAGCCUGUUAAAGGUAUAGUUCACCUAAAAAUGAAUGAUGUAUGACUAUCUUUUAGAUGUUUUUCAGGAUCUUUAUCUACUUCAAAUAUUAGUUUUUAACGACAGAAUACCUUUUGGGGUGUACUAUCCCUUUAAGAUAAAAGGCCGUGUGAUUUUACAAGGAACUGAAACCUGAAACUUAAGGACCAACACUUUUCGGGGUAAUUUUUUUAAUAUUUACCGCGGUAUUACCAUGCCUUCGGAUGUUACAAAAAUCCAGAAGUGAUCUGCAUGUAAACUAUUAUUGUAGUGAUAUUACAGCCCCAGUCUAAAGCCAUGGUAAUGUAUAUAUGGUGAUAUCUAAAUCUUGGUAAUCUUUGUUUCCCUGGUUGCAUGCUGUGUUUUGUUCUUGAAACCUACAGAGAAUGGUUCAUCAAUGUUUAAAACUGUAUAAAAGGCGCUGUUGACAGUUUCGAGUGGGUUUUCCCAGCUCAGAUGCGGUUGUGUCUUACAGCCAAUGUGACCAAUGUCAUGUUGGUUUUUUAUUUUUUUAACCAAAUGCUAAUGAUUAGUGACCAAUUCCACUAUGAGCUUCAAUAUUUUUUCUGUCUGGUGUAAGGGAUGUUGUACAUUGAGGUCGUAAAAAAUGAUGGGGAAAGAAACACUUGACUGGGUGAUCGGCACACGGUUAUUUUAUUGCGAUACGAGUAUGAAGUUAGAAUGUUGGCCUUUCUUAGAAGUCAAUAUACUGUUUCGACCAAUCAGAAUAAAGUAUUUUUCUCUGAUGGUCUACACUAGUGAAAGCCGCAUAGGUUCAGAUUUUCUCUCUUGCCGAGCCAAACAGCGCCUUAGAUGUUCGAUAAUGUUGAAAUUUCCUUAGAAGUCUAGUUUUUGAAUGGUGAUAUAACCCACCAUUAGUUAUUAGUUAUUGUGAUGCAAAUGUACGUAAAAGAAAAAACAAAUGCCUUGUUUGCUAAUGCUGCCAUGAAGAUGCUUUCUAAAGGCCCUAUUCUUGUCAAUUUAAAUCAUGAAUUAUUGUACUCUGAUAGGUUCCCAAGAUGCAGUCUCGAAAUAGUAGUUUGCCGUGGUAAAACUUGACUGUAAAGAAGGCAAAUUUCAGCCAUCACUCAAACCAAAGAGAGUGAUAUCUAGAUUCAUUUUGUGUGGCAAUACUGGUGAUGUCAUGAAAUGAUGUCAUUUAUAGGAGAUAUCGUAAAAGCAGAUGGUUGCUUUCACACUUUUGGUAAACUGUUGUAGCGUGCGUUCUUAACCAUUACUAGUUAUACUUUUCUGAUAAAUGUUAACACAAUUUGACUAUUACUAAUACUGAAUUUAAAUGAGAUAUCUUAAAGGAAAGUGGAUCGGGAUGGUGCACUCUUAUGCAAAGUAUUUUCAAGUGAUUUUUGUUCCCUUUAAAUCACGUUAAUAGCAGACUGUAAUGCAAGCAACAAGGUUCUUUGAUAUUUUUGGAAUGGUUUCUACAUUGUCCUCUCUCUCUCUCCAUGUGCCAAUUGCAAAUGUUGAUAAAAUGGUUCAGAUGUAUAAAUAUGGACCUUGUUUUAACAACCUUUGUGCGGUUGUGAUAAGGAAGAUGAAUAUUUUGGAAAUUGUGCUGCUUUUUUUUCAUUUAAUGAAUGACGCUUACCUGUAAUUAAGGGUCGUGUGUUAACGUCUCAGAUAAAGUGCUGAUCAUAGAUCAACUUUCACCUCUUUCUGGUGAAUAUACGAUUAAAAUGAGGGAAGCUGUUCUCAGAUCAGCACAGUUUUAUAAAUGCAGCGCAAACCUGUUUUUUUCCCCAUUAAUCUCACCACAUUUAUUUAAUGUGUAAUUAAAAUAAUAUAAAAUCUA